AUGAUGGGAAUACGACGUCUUCAAGACAAAUUUAUCGUUGCUCUGGGUCAGCAUAAUAUUCCGGGUCUUCGAUGGGUUUUAGAAGGAUUCAAUUAUUAUGAUACUCAACGAGUGAAAGAAGUUGGCGCUGAACGUGCGGCUGCAGAAUGGAUUGUUCGUUGUGGUGGAAAAGUCAAAUUCGCUGAAAUCGGUGAUAACUUCGAUGACUAUAACGUUUUGAUCAAGCGCACCGCGCAAUUGGACCCAAGAGUUCCUGCUGAUAACGUAACAAUUGAAACGAUCUGGGCGGAAAAUGCUAGUGUUACUGGAUUUGGGUGCAGACAUUUCGAGAACCUGAAAUCGAUCAAAAACGCGCAUUUCAUUGGCUGCAAAAAUCUGCAUGACUUUGGAAUUGAAUACAUCGGACAACAUGUUGGAGAUCGCUUGAAAGUUCUCCAAAUAAGCGAUUGCCGAAGAAUUACCGAAUUCGGAUUGGAACAUUUGAAAUAUUUCAGCGCUCUCGAUCGACUGAUUCUCACCAACCUGAAAGGUGUUCAUGGUAAAUCGAAGAUGGCCGAAAAACUGCAGAAAAUGCCGGCACUUCAAAAUACAAAACUUGAAAUCGAUAUCUGA